UCCAGGCGUGAUGAACAUUGCAACGAUCGACGUCUACCUGAACAAGGCGGGGACCGGCCUCCAGACCGUGCUCUACGGCGGCGAGGAACAGGAGAACGAAGCCUGGCGCAUGUACGUGGAGAGGAAGAACAUGGUCCUGGAGUUCCUGCGCUCCGACCUGAGCCCCCACCUGCUCAAACGCCACCACAGGAGGAUCGAGCUGCUACGGAAGUGUUCCUACUACAUCGAAAUCCUGCCCAAGCACCUGGCCCUGGGAGAUCAGAACCAUCUAAUGCUCCCCACCACCAUGUUCCAGCUGAUAGACCCCUGGCGGUUCCAGAGGAUGAAGAAAGUGGGGACCAUCCAAACCAAAAUCCAGCUGCUGCUGCUUUCGGAACUCUUGGAACGGUUGGAGAGAGGCCGGGACGAGCUGGUCCACUUCCUGGAGACCUACGACAUGGCGGCGUUCCUCUCCGGCUGGGACGUCAUCCGACGACGGUUGUCGGACCUGUCCGACCAGAUGGACGGCUUCCUGGCGAUGCUGGUGCCCGGGAAGCUGUACGUCAAGCAUCGCCUCGUCUCCGAAGUCGGGGUCACCAAGAUCCCGCACAUCAAGCUCGUCCUGGUCACGAAAAUGCCGGUGAUGUUCGACCGGAAGGAGUCGGUGGCCCACGAGGACUGGGUGUCCCUCAAGUGGUUCGUCAGCACCCAGCAGCCUCAGCUGGAACAAUACGAACUCCAUUUCAAGUUGUUGGAGCCCCGGGCGCCGCAAGAGAAGGUCCACUGCGGGGUGAUGGCCGUCGCCUCGGACACCUGCGAGAUCCACAACCUCCUCUCCGACCGCCUGUACCGCUUCUCCAUCAAGAGGGCAGAGACUUACACCCUUGUCUAUGAACAGUGGCGCGAUUCCAUCAUGCUGAAGACAAAACCGUACCACGAGGGAGGCGAGGAGGGCCCCACGCCCGAGCCUCACCUUUCCCAUCUUAGCCAUACACAAGGAAUGUAG